AUGGUCAGUACUCGCUUCAUUUGCAUUCCUCUCACCCUCUUAACUGAUCACUGAUCCCGCUUGCCAGGAGGCGCAAUUUCAUCAAUUCUCGAAGCUCCCCCCGGAGCUUCGUGAUGAAAUCUGGAAGAUCGCCGUCAGAGACCCCCGAAUCGUCAAAGUGACACUUCGGAUUGUACGUAGAGCAAACCCAAUUUAUCCUACCGCGCCUGCCUCUACACGUUUAGCUCUCAAAGGCACAACUCCACCUAUGGUCCUCGUCAACAAGGAGGCAAAGGAAGCAUACAUGAGAGAGGCCAAGUCUCUCAAGCAAGAGGGACUAGGAUUGAGCCACAAGAUAUGUUUCCAACCUACGGACACACUACUAUUUUGCGGAAUCGAGGGACGAAAGGUCUGGGAACGACGAGCUUUGACUCUCUUGAACAGAUCCCGUAAGUUGUCAUUCCCUGCAGAGAACGAUCCCAGUAGCUCUUUUUUUGCUGGAGUCACUCGAUUAGCCCUCGAUAGCGCUGUUUCUCUCCCCGUCUCAACAAUUAGCUGCGCCAUUGGAUACUACGACCUGGAUUUGCAUCUACAACGUUUUCCCGACCUCAAGAGGGUUACCUUUGUCUCUCACGGAUGCAUCGUCACCGAAUAUUGUCAAAAGAGUCUUGAAGAAAUGGCCGGAAGUGAUAAGGAACUACAAUUCAAUCCACCAGGCUCACAUCCCGUACACGACCCUUUCAACGGUCCGCCCGGCCGCCAGCUACAUAGUGGGGUUGUCACUGAGUAUGCUUGUUUGGGAUACAGAAAUGUGAGUGCCUAG